CUGAAAGAAUUGAUGGAGCAGUGGUGUUAAUUGGUGACAAUUCUGAUAUAAGCCAAAAUGUCCAAUGUGGAGAUCAAAUAGACUGGAAUGCAAACACGUAUGGAGAAAAGAUCACAUUUCAAUGUCAACUAAACGGACGUUAUGUUGCCGUACAACUGAAAGAUCAUAACAACUAUCUACACCUGUGUGAAGUGGAGGUGUUUGGUGAGAAGCAAUCAUUACCGGAAAAUAUUGCACUAAAAGGAACGGCAAGCCAAAGCAGCACUGCUUAUGAUGGACCAGCUAACUAUGCUAAUGAUGGAAAUGAUGAUUCCAUAUACGGUGAUAAAAGUUGUAGCCAUACUGCAAAGGAACAGGGCGCUUGGUGGAAACUAGAUUUGGAAGAAUCAUACACUGUAUCUCAAGUGGUAAUAACCAAUCGACAAGAUUGUUGUUCUGAAAGAAUUGAUGGAGCAGUGGUGUUAAUUGGUGACAAUUCAGAUAUAAGCCAAAAUGUCCAAUGUGGAGAUCAAAUAGACUGGAAUGCAAACACGUAUGGAGAAAAGAUCACAUUUCAAUGUCAACUAAACGGACGUUAUGUUGCCGUACAACUGAAAGAUCAUAACAACUAUCUACACCUGUGUGAAGUGGAGGUGUUUGGUGAGAAGCAAUCAUUACCGGAAAAUAUUGCACUAAAAGGAACGGCAAGCCAAAGCAGCACUGGUUAUGAUGGACCAGCUAACUAUGCUAAUGAUGGAAUUGAUGAUUCCAUAUACGAUGAUAAAAGUUGUAGCCAUACUGCAAAGGAACAGGGCGCUUGGUGGAAACUAGAUUUGGAAGAAUCAUACACUGUAUCUCAAGUGGUAAUAACCAAUCGACAAGAUUGUUGUUCUGAAAGAAUUGAUGGAGCAGUGGUGUUAAUUGGUGACAAUUCUGAUAUAAGCCAAAAUGUCCAAUGUGGAGAUCAAAUAGACUGGAAUGCAAACACGUAUGGAGAAAAGAUUACAUUUCAAUGUCAACUAAACGGACGUUAUGUUGCCGUACAACUGAAAGAUCAUUACAACUAUCUACACCUGUGUGAAGUGGAGGUGUUUGGUGAGAAGCAAUCAUUACCGGAAAAUAUUGCACUAAAAGGAACGGCAAGCCAAAGCAGCACUGCUUAUGAUGGACCAGCUAACUAUGCUAAUGAUGGAAAUGAUGAUUCCAUAUACGGUGAUAAAAGUUGUAGCCAUACUGCAAAGGAACAGGGCGCUUGGUGGAAACUGGAUUUGGAAGAAUCAUACAAUGUAUCUCAAGUGGUAAUAACCAAUCGACAAGAUUGUUGUU